AAAACACAUUUAAAAGAUAUAAAGUUUACUAAUUGUAAAACGGGUCAUGGCUGAGAAGGUAUUCCAUCAGUAACCUUGAACUUACUCAAUAUAGAAUGAUUCUAAGGCCAUCGAAUAGUCUCGGUGGUAUAAAUAUGAGUGGAGGAUCGCCUGUCAACAGUGUGCUACUGCAUCUUAAUGUGGGAUUCCACGAACUUCAUCAGAUCCACCUACGAAUAUCAUGUUUAUUUUACUGAACUUCGCACUUUUUGCGACAUUGACUGUUGCAAAAAUUCCACCAGACUUUCAAAUAUGUGGCCUUCGAAACCCCCAACUAGAUGAUUGCAUUAAAAGUUCUGUCGAGGCAGUGAUACAGAGAUUGAAAAAUGGGCUUCCAGAAAUUAAUGUUCCACCUCUGGAGCCCCUUCAUAUAGAUCACAUGAAACUCGUCGACUUACCCACCUUGCAAGCAUCUGCUAAUGACGUUAAACUAUAUGGACUAUCAAAUGUUAAGAUAAAUAAACUAAAUUUUGACCGCAUGAAGCAGCAAAUUAGUUUGGAUCUAACUUUUAAGGAAGUGAUUCUCGAUGCCGAUUACAAUGUGAAUGCGAGGAUCCUAUUUCCCAUUGCUGGAGUCGGACCAAUCAACAUUCUUGCAACGGACGUGUUAUCAACUGCUGUAUUAAAUUACAAGAUAGUUCAACAUAAAGGAAAGCCGUACAUGUUUAUGAGGGAAAUGAAUUUAAAACUCUCCAUUAAGGACUAUACUUCCAACUUUACACCAAAAGAAGGACCAGACAGUACUCUCGCAACAGCUAUUAACGCUGCCCUGCAAAACAGCCGUGAAGAGAUUAUAGAAAGUGCCACUCCGCACUUGGAGAAGAAAAUUACGGAAGUAAUGCUCACAUCGGCAAACAAAAUUUGCAAGUCCUUUACGUAUGAUGAACUAUUUCCUGAUCGCGAAUAAAAAUUAGGAUUAAAAAUAUUUGUUUUUUUUUGUAUUAAAUUGUAGGAUUUAAACUUUUUAUUGUAAUAAAACCA